UUUGAGAAGGGAGAUUGUUCACGAAAAGGUAUCGCCUACGGCAGUCGUUUUGCGGCUUCCCUGAACCCCACCGCCUCUUUAACAUCCCAGUCCGCUCAUGACUGGUCAAGAGCUGAGAUAGGCUACUUCUCUCCAACGCAAGCAACAGCAUCCGUGAAGGUCGUCUGCCAUAAGAAGUCGUGAGACAAGUACUGCAUAACUGCGCCGCGUCUGCACACUGCUGGGCGUGUUUCCAUAAAGCUAUUCCGACGGCGCUGGAUACGUAACUCCGGGCUUUUAGAGUCCUUUUUUGGAAGGAAGGAAACUGUAGGCGUAUGAAAAUAGGGUACCAUAGAACUUUUUCGUGACAAAUAGUAAAAAACAAUCAUUGCUGUAUCGGUCUGCCUAUGCCACACAACUUUGGCACCGUGCUUCACUGAGCUGCGACGCAUUGUUCGGUCGAUUAAAAAAACCGUAGUCGGUUUUCAUCUUUGUCAAUGCUGUUAGAAGUAGAAAGCAAAUCAAACAAAGGAAAACAAAGUUUCAACUGCGCGUAGGUUCUUCUUGAGUGAAACUUUAUGUAUAAAGGAAGGACAGAGAAGUGAAAAUCAUGGAGAAGAAACCCGUUACGAUGCCGAGUGGGGAUGCAGCGCCAUGCGGACGCAAAGUCUCGAAGCCUGCGGACUCGGCCCAGUCUAGGGCAGACGCACCAGAUUCCGGGGAUAUGCAGCCUUCCAAACCUCCAGGAAUAAACGCGGUGUCUAUCCUCUGGACAUUCGGGAAGUGUCUCGGUGCAUUACUGCCCGUGUAUCUAGCAGGGUACUACAGGAUUAGUACUAGUUUGUUUAUGUGCGGACUCAUGGUCUAUUCGGGAUGGAAACACACACGAGAUGCCAAGCUGGCACGCCUGAAGUCCGCUAUGCAGUUACAGGACAACGAGCAAGAAUUCACCUCUUCCAAAAUGCUCAAGAGUAAACGGGAUUUACCUGCAUGGGUCAAUUUCCCCGACGUGGAGAAGGUCGAAUGGCUGAACAAGGUGCUGCAGCAGGCCUGGCCGUUCGUGGGGCAGUACUUCGAGAAGCUGCUCGCCGAGUCCAUCGCCCCCUCCAUCCGGGCCUCCAGCGUCCAUCUGCAGACCCUCAACUUCACCAAAGUUGACCUUGGGAGCAAGGCCAUGAAGGUGGUGGGAGUGAAGGCUCACACAGAGAAUGACAGGGGCCAGGUGCUACUGGACCUGUACAUUAGCUACGUCGGGGACGUCGAGAUCAACGUGGAGGUGAAGAGGUACUUCUGCAACGCGGGCAUAAAGGGGAUGCAGCUUCACGGGAUGCUGCGGGUGAUCUUGGAGCCUCUGAUCGGAGACGUUCCCAUAGUGGGCGCCGUCACCAUGUUCUUCAUCCGCAGGCCUCAACUGGACAUCAACUGGACCGGACUGACUAACCUGCUGGACAUUCCCGGACUGAAUGUAAAGUCAGACACUCUGAUAAUGGACGCCAUUGCCUCCUUCCUGGUGCUGCCCAACCGACUCACCGUCCCCCUGGUGCCCGACCUGCACGUUGCGCAGCUGCGCUCCCCCCUCCCGAGGGGCGUGGUGCGCGUCCACCUCCUGGAGGCCGAGGGUCUGGCCGCGAAGGACAACCUCAUGAAGGGGGCGUUCUCCGGCAUGUCGGACCCCUACGCCGUGGUGCGGGUGGGGACCCAGACCUUCACCUCCCGCCACGUGGACAACGAACUCAACCCAAAAUGGAGGGAGAUGUACGAGGUGAUCGUCCACGAAGUGCCUGGGCAAGAACUGGAGGUGGAGGUGUUUGACAAAGAUCCCGACCAGGACGACUUCCUGGGGAGGGCCAAAAUGGAUCUUGGCAUAGUGAAGAAAGAAAUAGUUGUGGAUGAGUGGUUCACUCUGAAGGACGUGCGAUCCGGCCGCGUCCAUCUGCGUCUCGAGUGGCUUACCCUCCUGCCCACCACUGACCAGCUGGACCAGGUUCUCGAAAGAAAUAAAAGCAUCAACUUCCCCAGCAAGACCGCAGACCCUCCCUCCUCAGCCAUCCUGGCUGUGUAUUUGGACCGGGCUGAAGAACUUCCUAUGAAGAAGGGGAAUAAAGACCCCAGUCCUGUGGUGCAGCUGUCUGUGGAGGACAUCACUCGAGAGAGCAGGACAUGCUAUGGGACCAAUAACCCAGUGUUUGAGGAUGCCUUCACCUUCUUCAUCCAAAACCCUCACAAUCAGGAGAUCGACAUCCAGGUGAAAGACACGGACCGGAUCCUGUCGCUGGGCAGUCUGACCAUCCCCCUGUCCCGCCUGCUCUCCUGCCCCCGUCUCUCCAUGGACCAGUGGUUCCAGCUGGACAACGCCGGGCCCGCCAGCCGCAUCUACAUCAACGCGGUCCUGCGGGUGCUGUGGAUGGAUGAGGCUCUCUCUGCUGAGCUUGCCCACGGGGUGCACAGCCGCCCCGACAGCCAGCCUGAGCAGACCUCCCCUGACUCCAGCUUUGCCACUGAGGGGGUGCUGCGUAUUCACCUGGUGGAGGCGCAGAAUCUGAUCGCCAAGGACAAGUUCUUGGGGAAGGGGAAGAGCGACCCGUACGUGAACAUACGGGUCGGAGGCGUGGCCUUCCGCAGUCACGCUAUCCAGAAGAGCCUGAACCCCACCUGGAACGAGCUGUAUGAGGUGGUUCUGACCGAAGUGCCGGGUCAGGAGGUGGAGGUUGACGUGUUUGAUGAGGACGUGGAUCAGGAUGACUUUAUGGGGAGGUUUAAGAUCAGUCUGAAGGACAUCAUCACCUCCCAGUACACUGAUGAGUGGUUCACUCUGAAUGAUGUGAAGUCGGGACGUGUUCACCUGGUUCUGGAGUGGCUGCCCAAAGUAUCAGACCCUGACCGACUGGAACCGGUCCUGCAGUUCCAGUCCCAGCAGUCCUAUCUGAACAAGGCUGUACCCUCUGCUGCUGUGCUGUUUGUGUACAUGGACCGUGCCCACGGCCUGCCUCUGAAGAAAAGCGGGAAGGAGCCAAAAGUGGGGGCGGAGGUUAUACUCAGGGGAACCUCCCACAAGACCAAGGUGUGUGAUCGUUCCACUUCUCCUCAGUGGGAUGAGGCGUUCUACUUCCUGGUUCGCGACCCUGAACAGGACAUGCUCAUAGUGAAGCUCACUCACACUGGGGACCAGCCCACAGGCUCUCGGGUUCUGCCCGUCAGAGAGCUGCUGUCAGAGCCGGGCCUGGUUCUGGACCGCUGGCUGAGGCUGGAUGGGGCACUCUUUGAGAGUCAGAUUCUGCUGAGAGCUGAACUCAAGAUUCUGGACGCAAAGUUGGCGGAGCGCGGUGUGGUUCGGGAGGGGCUGGUGGGAGCUGCUGACAGCACCACCUCUGCUGAGGGGGAAGAGGAGGACGACCACACCCUCCUAAUGAAAGAAGAGUCCUCAUUGUCCCGUCAGAAGGUCGCCCCCAGGGGGGUCAGUGAGGUCCUCAGCCCCCCCAAAACACAGCCCCAACAGACCACUCCUGACCCCAGCUUUGCAAAAGAGGGGCUGCUGCGGAUUCUCCUGGUGGAGGCCUGGGAUCUGAUCGCCAAGGACAAGUUCCUGGGGAAGGGGAAGAGCGACCCGUACGCAAACAUACGCGUCGGGGGCGUGGCCUUCCGUAGUCACGUGAUCGAGAAGAACCUGAACCCCACCUGGAACGAGCUGUAUGAGGUGGUUCUGACUCCACAGCCAGGACAGGACGUCCAGGUUGAGCUGUUUGAUAAAGACAUGGAUAAGGAUGACUUCCUGGGGAGAUUUAAUGUCAGUCUGAAUGACAUCAUCACUUCCCAGUAUACUGAUCAGUGGUUCACUCUGAAUGAUGUGAAGUCGGGACGUGUUCACCUGGUUCUGGAGUGGCUGCCCAAAGUAUCAGACCCUGACCGACUGGAACAGGUCCUGCAGUUCCAGUCCCAGCAGUCCUAUCUGAACAAGGCUGUACCCUCUGCUGCUGUGCUGUUUGUGUACAUGGACCGCGCCCACGGCCUGCCUAUGAAGAAAAGCGGGAAGGAGCCAAAAGUGGGGGCGGAGCUUGUGCUUGGCGGAACCUCCCACAAGACCAAGGUGUGUGAUCGUUCCACUUCUCCUCAGUGGGAUGAGGCAUUCCACUUCCUGCUUCAUGACCCCAAACAUGAUGAACUGAUUGUGAAGCUCACUCACACUGGGGACCAGCCCACAGGCUCUCUGGUUCUGCCCGUCAAAGAGCUUCUGUCAGAGCCAGGCCUGGUUCUGGACCGCUGGCUGAGCCUGGAUGGAGUCCCACCUGAGAGUCAGAUUCUGCUGAGAGCUGAACUCAAGAUCCUGGAUACAAAGAUGGCGGAGCGCGGUGUGGUUCGGGAGGAGCUGGUUGGAGUCGCUGACAGCACCACCUCUGCUGAGGGGGAAGAGGAGGCCGACCACACCCUCCUAAUGAAAGAGGCGGCCUCAUCAGCCUAUAGAGAGCAGGUCUCUGUCCCUGAGAAGGACAAGGAGGCAACAGCUGCUGAGGUCCCCAGCCCCCCCAAAACACGACCCCAACAGACCACUCCAGACCCCAGCUUUGCAACUGAGGGGCUGCUGCGGAUUCUCCUGGUGGAGGCCCGGGAUCUGAUCGCCAAGGACAAGUUCCUGGGGAAGGGGAAGAGCGACCCCUACGCAAACAUACGCGUCGGGGACGUGGCCUUCCGCAGUCACGUCAUCGAGAAGAACCUGAACCCCACCUGGAACGAGCUGUAUGAGGUGGUUCUGACUCCACAGCCAGGACAGGACGUCCAGGUUGAGCUGCUUGAUAAAGACAUGGAUAAGGAUGACUUCCUGGGGAAAUUUAAUGUCAGUCUGAAUGACAUCAUCACUUCCCAGUAUACUGAUCAGUGGUUCACUCUGAAUGAUGUGAAGUCGGGACGUGUUCACCUGGUUCUGGAGUGGCUGCCCAAAGUAUCAGACCCUGACCGACUGGAACAGGUCCUGCAGUUCCAGUCCCAGCAGUCCUAUCUGAACAAGGCUGUACCCUCUGCUGCUGUGCUGUUUGUGUACAUGGACCGCGCCCACGGCCUGCCUCUGAAGAAAAGCGGGAAGGAGCCAAAAGUGGAGGCGGAGCUUGUGCUCGGCGGAACCUCCCACAAGACCAAGGUGUGUGAUCGUUCCACUUCUCCUCAGUGGGAUGAGGCAUUCCACUUCCUGGUUCAUGACCCCAAACAUGACGAACUGAUUGUGAAGCUCACUCACACUGAGGACCAGCCCACAGGCUCUCUGGUUCUUCCCGUCAGAGAGCUGCUGUCAGAACCAGGCCUGGUUCUGGACCGCUGGCUGAGGCUGGAUGGAGUCCCACCUGAGAGUCAGAUUCUGCUGAGAGCUGAACUCAAGAUCCUGGACACAAAGAUGCCGGAGCACGGCGUGCUUUGUGAGGAGCUGGUGGGAGCCGCUGAGGAGGAAGACGAGGCCCAGCAGACCCUCCCAAGCAAAAAGGAGGCCUCACCCUCCAAUCAGGAGCAGGAAUGGCUGAGGGCGGGGCCAACCCAGCGGGCCAAUGAACAGGGCCCUCCCAGUGCCGCGGCCGCUCCCCACCCCCCUGCCUCUGUCCUUGAGAAGGGCAAGGUGGGAACAACUGCUGAGGUCCCCAGCCCCCCCAAAGCACGACCCCAACAGACCACUCCUGACCCCAGCUUUGCAACCGAGGGCGUGCUGCGGAUUCUCCUGGUGGAGGCCCGGGAUCUGAUCGCCAAGGACAAGUUCCUGGGGAAGGGGAAGAGCGACCCCUACGCAAACAUACACGUCGGGGGCGUGGCCUUCCGCAGUCACGUGAUCGAGAAGAACCUCAACCCCACCUGGAACGAGCUGUAUGAGGUGGUUCUGACUCCACAGCCAGGACAGGAUGUCCAGGUUGAGCUGUUUGAUAAAGACGUGGAUAAGGAUGACUUCCUGGGAAAGUUUAAGGUCAGUCUGAAGGACAUCAUCACCUCCCAGUACGUUGAUCAGUGGUUCACUCUGAAUGAUGUGAAGUCAGGACGUGUUCACCUGGUUCUGGAGUGGCUGCCCAAAGUAUCAGACCCUGACCGACUGGAACAGGUCCUGCAGUUCCAGUCCCAGCAGUCCUAUCUGAACAAGGCUGUACCCUCUGCUGCUGUGCUGUUUGUGUACAUGGACCGCGCCCACGGCCUGCCUCUGAAGAAAAGCGGGAAGGAGCCAAAAGUGGAGGCGGAGCUUGUGCUCGACGGAACCUCCCACAAGACCAAGGUGUGUGAUCGUUCCACUUCUCCUCAGUGGGAUGAGGCAUUCCACUUCCUGGUUCAUGACCCCAAACAUGACGAACUGAUUGUGAAGCUCACUCACACUGAGGACCAGCCCACAGGCUCUCUGGUUCUUCCCGUCAGAGAGCUGCUGUCAGAGCCAGGCCUGGUUCUGGACCGCUGGCUGAGCCUGGAUGGAGUCCCACCUGAGAGUCAGAUUCUGCUGAGAGCUGAACUCAAGAUCCUGGACACAAAGAUGCCGGAGCGCGGCGUGCUUCAUGAGGAGCUGGUGGGAGCCGCUGAGGAGGAAGACGAGGCCCAGCAGACCCUCCCAAGCAAAAAGGAGGCCUCACCCUCCAAUCAGGAGCAGGAAUGGCUGAAGGCGGGGCCAACCCAGCGGGCCAAUGAACAGGGCCCUCCCAGUGCCCCGGCCGCUCCCCACCCCCCUGCCUCUGUCCUUGAGAAGGGCAAGGUGGGAACAGCUGCUGAGGUCCCCAGCCCCCCCAAAACACGACCCCAGCAGACCACUCCGGACCCCAGCUUUGCAACCGAGGGCGUGCUGCGGAUUCUCCUGGUGGAGGCCCGGGAUCUGAUCGCCAAGGACAAGUUCCUGGGGAAGGGGAAGAGCGACCCCUACGCAAACAUACGCGUCGGGGGCGUGGCCUUCCGCAGUCACGUGAUCGAGAAGAACCUCAACCCCACCUGGAACGAGCUGUAUGAGGUGGUUCUGACUCCACAGCCAGGACAGGACGUCCAGGUUGAGCUGUUUGAUAAAGACAUGGAUAAGGAUGACUUCCUGGGAAAGUUUAAGGUCAGUCUGAAGGACAUCAUCACCUCCCAGUACGUUGAUCAGUGGUUCACUCUGAAUGAUGUGAAGUCGGGACGUGUUCACCUGGUUCUGGAGUGGCUGCCUAAAGUAUCAAACCCUGACCAACUGGAACAGAUCCUGCAGUUCCAAUCCCAGCAGUCCUAUCUGAACAAGGCUGUACCCUCUGCUGCUGUGCUGUUUGUGUACAUGGACCGCGCCCACGGCCUGCCUUUGAAGAUGAGUGGGAAGGAACCAAAGGUGGAGGCGGAGCUUGUGGUUGGGAAAACGUCCCACAAGACCAAGGUGUGUGAUCGUUCCACUUCUCCUCAGUGGGAUGAGGCCUUCUACUUCCUGGUUCAUGACCCCAAAAAGGACGUGCUUCUAGUCAGGCUCACUCACACUGAGGACCAGCCCACAGGCUCUCUGGUUCUGCCCGUCAGAGAGCUGCUGUCAGAGCCAGGCCUGGUUCUGGACCGCUGGCUGAGCCUGGAUGGAGUCCCACCUGAGAGUCAGAUUCUACUGAGAGCUGAACUCAAGAUCCUGGACACAAAGAUGCCGGAGCGUGGCGUGCUUCAUGAGGAGCUGGUGGGAGCCGCUGAGGAGGAAGACGAGGCCCAGCACACCCUCCCAAGCAAAAAGGAGGCCUCACCCUCCAAUCAGGAGCAGGAAUGGCUGAGGGCGGGGCCGACCAAGCGGGCUGAUGAUCAGGACCCUCCCAGUGCCCCAGCCACUCGCCACACUCCUGCCUCUGUCCCUAAGAAGGAGGAGGAGAGAACAGCUGCUCAGGUCACCCCUGGGUGGGUCAGUGAGGUCCCCAGCAUCCCCGAAACACGACCCAAACAGACCACUCCUGACCCCAGCUUUGCAACGAAGAUGGCGGAGCGCGGUGUGGUUCGGGAGGAGCUGGUGGGAGCUGCUGACAGCACCACCUCUGCUGAGGCGGAAGAGGAGGCUGACCACACCCUCCCAAGCAAAGAGGAGGUCUUGUCAGCCAGUCAGGAGGAGGAAUGGUACAAGGCGAGACCAGCCCAGGGAACCCUUGUCACCCCCCACCCCCCUGUCUCUGUCCCUGACGAGGAGGAUGAGGAGGAAACGGCUAUUGUCCCUGGGAGGGUCAGUGAGGUCCCCAGCCCCCCCGAAACCCGACCCAAACAGACCAGUCCUGUCCUCAGCUUUGCAAAGGAGGGGGUGCUGCGGAUCAUCUUGUUAGAGGCGCGGAAUCUGGUCGCCAAGGACAACCUUAUGGGGGGCAUGGUGAAGGGGAAGAGCGACCCUUACGUCAACAUACAUGUUGGAGGCAUGGGCUUCCGCAGUCGGGUGAUCGAGAAGGAGCUCAACCCCACCUGGAACGAGCUGUAUGAGGUGGUUCUGACCCCACUGCCAGGUCAGGAGGUGAAGUUUGAGCUGUAUGAUAAAGAUCUGGACAGUGAUGACUUCCUUGGAAGGUUUAACGUCAGUCUAAGUGACAUCAUCAGGUCCCAGUACACUGAUCAGUGGUUCACUCUGAAUGAUGUGAAGUCAGGACGUGUUCACCUGGUUCUGGAGUGGCUGCCCAAAGUAUCAAACCCUGACCGACUGGAACAGGUCCUGCAGUUCCAGUCCCAGCAGUCCUAUGUGAACAAGGCUGUACCCUCUGCUGCUGUGCUGUUUGUGUACAUGGACCGCGCCCACGGCCUGCCUCUGAAGAAGAGUGGGAAGGAGCCAAAGGUGGGGGCGGAGCUUGUGCUGCGGGAUACCUCCCACAAGACCAAGGUGUGCGAUCGUUCCACUUCGCCUCAGUGGAAGGAGGCCUUUCACUUCCUGGUUCAUGACCCCAAACAUGACAUGCUCGUUGUGAAGCUCACUCACACUGGGGACCAGCCCACAGGCUCUCUGGUUCUGCCCGUCAGAGAGCUGCUGUCAGAACCAGGCCUGGUUCUGGACCGCUGGCUGAGCCUGGAUGGAGUCCCACCUGGGAGUCAAAUUCUGCUGAGAGCUGAACUCAAGGUCCUUGACACUAAGAUGGCGCAGAGUGGUGGUGUUCAGGGAGGCCCGGCGAGUUCUGCAGCAUCCAAUCAGGGGCUACGGCUCAGGCCUGAUGGACAGGAGGAAAGGGGGCAGGUAAAACUCUCUCUCUCCUACCUCACCAAGGAGAAGAAGCUGGCCGUCACAGUUCACGCCUGCAGGCAUCUGGCAGCCGGAGGCAAGGAAGUCUCAGACCCCUACGUCUCCUUCAUCCUGUUGCCAGACAAACACAAGGCCACCAAAAGAAAGACCAGUGUCAAAAAGAGAGAAGUCAGCCCAGAGUACAACGAAAGAUUUGAGUUUCCUCUCUCUCUGGAGGAGGCGAGACGCAGGCAGCUGGAUUUGUCUGUCAAGAACACGGUGUCCUUCAUGAACCGGGACAGAGAGGUCAUCGGCAAGGUACAGCUAGAUCUGUCACGAGUUGACCUUGCCACGGGGGUCACACAGUGGUACGAGCUGAAAGAAGAGGCCGGUUAAUUUAAUUAGCCGCGGUUGCCACGGUCACUGCUUUUCACACCGCUGCCUCUCCGCCCUCCCGCCACGCCCCAGCUCUCUGUGUCUGGCCCUGUGUGAAAAUGUUAAAAAGGUUUUUUCUAUUAGUGUACUGCUUUGGGUGGGACCACACAUUUGGAGUAGAUGACUGAAUUAAUCUAACUGGAUUAUUAUUAUUAUUAUUAUUAUUAUUAUUAUUAUUAUUAUUACUAUUACUAUUAUUACUAUUACUAUUACUAUUAUUAUGUGGGGGGGGGGUCAUUUCAAUUGGCUUACUUGAUAUUUUGUCCUUGAAUUUUAGUAACACAUUAAGGAGGUUGUACAUAUUUUCCAUCAUCACACAAUACUUUCAGUUGAUGUCAUUAGCCACCACGCAUGGAGAUGGAGGAAGCAGAGAAGCCCAGCCAAUGGAUAGAGCUCUGUACAAACAGACAAGAAAAACAGAAGCUUGCAGGCACUAAAAGAGAUAGUAGUAAUAAUAAUAAUAAUAAUAAUAAUAAUAAUAAUAACUUUAUUUAUGAAGUGCAUUACAUACGUUAUGCUCAAAGCUCAACGAAUAUAAUGUAUACAAAUAAGAAAGGAGUGAUAAAAAAGUAAAACAGAUCAAAUGAAAAGAAAAGAAGCUGGGAGUGAACAGCUGGGACCAAAGGCCUGGACAGGAAGUUGUGCAGAGUAUUCUGGAGCUGGGAUCUGCAGCAGAAAGUAGCAGAAGAGCUGCAUUGAGAGAAGGAGCGGGAGGUGCUUUUUGUGAAAGGGAGGCGUUCAGGGUGUUAGACAGAUAGAGGAGGAAUAAAGAAAGGGGUCGGUGUUGGACACGUCAAGUUUUAAGUUGGUGGGAAUACACUCAGGAUACAUUCCAGAUCAUUCAACUGCCUUAACUCUUGUCUUUCAAUUCCCUACAGGCUCCAAUUGGUUUCCACAAUAAUGGCUGAGGUUUAGGCUUGUGUUAAGUCUUUUUUUGGAAGUGUUGUGACAAAAAUAAGAAAUAGAUGUAAAAUUACAUGUUAAGCGUAGACAUAUCAUAUUCGUUUUUUAAUAGCACUUAAAUGGGUAAACAAUCAAACAUGUCCAUCUUAUGUAAAUCUUUGGCAGUUCAGUCUAUGCUUUAGGUCAGAGAUGUGCUACAUUCUGAACAGAUAUUUAACUAUUAACAGCUUUUGUUCUGUCUCUACAGUUGUUGUAGCUCAUAGUGUUUUAAUCUCAUGACUUAUUAUGAGCAUUCAUGAAGGGGUCUGGUUGAAGAAAAAAACAUCUAGAGUUAGCAUAUUAAUGCAGACAGCACAGGAAACUCCUGUUGCUUACAGGAAUGUCUUAGAUAAGCAAGUACAGUGGUCAGAAGGAAUGUCAGAGUUGAACACCUAGGCAGUGUAUAGAAUGUCUAUGGCUGUAUCUCAGUUUGUAGCCCCAGUGUGUUAAAAAAAAGGAAAAGACAAGCCUGCAAUGCAGUAUUAGUUACUUAAUUAAUCAAUAAAUCAGACAGUACAGUCAUGCAUGUCUUUAAUUCUUUUGAAUAUUGUUACUGAUGUUGUUGAAAGGUUAGUAUAUGGCCUUUUUCUAUGUGGUCCAGUACAUUUUUGUUACCUUGCAAUUUUUAUGUUUUGUGUUAUCAAAAUGGCCUUUUUAUAUGUUAGGUUUGCCUUAAUGCUGUUAUCUGCAUUUUAAAAACAGUGUUAUUGAAGACAAGACACUAGUACUGAGGAACUGUACUAUGUGCAUACUCAACAGUAUAUUGUUUGUAUUUUGUUGCAUUUGAAGGAGUUUGUUUCGCAUAUCAUAAUCAAAUUUUCAGAAAGCUACAUUGUCCUGGGUCCAGCCUGUCUUUUGAAAAUCACUUUUGGAUGUUACGGGAAAGUCUAUACACUUAAAGUUCUUUCAUUUGCCACAAAUCCACUGUUUACAGACACAAAACCUUUAAAAAAAGAAUAAUUCUGCGACAGCAGCAUUUGCAUUUGGAUAGACAGGAGUGAGGGUGGUGUGAGAUGCAAGCAAAGACUCUAAAAACUUGAUUUAAAAAAAUUGGUUUCAGUGCUGAAAUGGUGUGUUAGAAGUGAUGAUGUGCUUUAAGUAGAAAUGUAACGUGGAAUUCCUAUCGUCUGGACCCUAUGCCUGUUUGUGCUACCAUGUAUUGUAGCAAAUGCAUAGAAACACCUGCACGGGGGUCUCUGUAGCAGCUGUUAAUUAAACUGUUAUUUGCACUGCAAAAGUUG